AUGGAGGCGAAGAAGCGGAAGAAAAGUCGGGCGUUGUUGGUGGCGUCAGACAUAGGAUUGGCUCCGAUGAAGUUGUUGAAGCCAUUAGGGCUUCUUGGUGGGAAUGGAGAAGUUGUCAUCUUUUUUAUGUUCGUUGUAUUAGUCUCCAUAACUUCCUCAAACAUCAAUGGGCAAUUUAAGAAAUCUGUCGAUAUUCAGAAUCUCAUGCUUUAUAUAAAGAUUCGUACGACAUCCUCCGGAUGCGGGAAUCAAAAUCAAAGCAGACAAAUUGAAAGCUCGUUAAUGCGUUACCGUUCUGCUCCGAGCUCCUUCUAUGCGAGUCUCCUCGACGAAAACGGAUGCGAUGAUUUUCUGGCUCCUGUGGAGACCUCGAAUCACACGCCAGAAGAAGGGAGAGAAAGGUCCUUCUCCAGCAAUCAGCAUCAACAACAUGUAUUUCAAUCGGAUUCGCAUGAUUUUAUACAGUACGCAUCAAAGAUAGAUACAAAAGAAGAUGGGAUUCCGAAGGUAAAUCACACGCCGAUUUCUACGGUCAUGUUCGGUUGUAAUUCACAUCAAAUGCCUCAUGUACUACAACCGAGUAACACCUACAAUCAUCAUACUAAAAUGGGGAGCUCGUCAACACUUAGAACGAUGAAUCCAACGACCUCAAAUCUCAUUAGACAAAGUAGCUCUCCAGCUGGAUUUUUGUCCUCCUUGAACGCUGAAACUGGUUUCGCGGGAAUGUGUGAUGUGGAGAAACCAAUUUCUUCAAGUAGGUUAAAUAAUCGUAUUAGUUUCUCAUCAACUCCAUCUUCUUCUCCACAAUUCUUGCCACAAAUUUUCGAAAACAAGAAUGAUUCCACAUUCAAGAGCUUAAAAAGGACAAGAGAUAGUGAUUCAAUGAUGUUUCCAAGCUCGAUAACAUUGGACAUUGAGAAUGGAUCGUCUAGACAUUAUUCGCCUAGUUUGGUCCAUCAUAUGAGCUUGCCAAAAACUUCUUCUGAAAUGGCAACUGCUGAAAAGUUCUUGCGAUUCGAACAAGACUCGACUCCAUGCAAGAUACGUGCCAAAAGAGGAUGUGCCACACACCCACGGAGUAUCGCAGAGAGGGUGAGAAGAACCAGAAUAAGCGAGAGAAUGAAGAAAAUACAAUCGCUUUUUCCUACCAUGGACAAGCAAACAAGCACAGCAGACAUGUUAGAUUUGGCUGUUCAAUAUAUUAAAGAUCUCCAAAAAGAAUUGAAGAAUCUCAGUGAUGUUCGGGGAAGGUGUACAUGUUCAACUCAAAAAUAACAGACAAAAAUAGAUCCACGGGCUAUUGUGAAGCCAGGAGUCUAUAUUUGAUUUUGUCAUCUUUUAUUUAGGGAUUUCAUUUUGUUAUAGUGUGAGAAUAAGCGAAUAAGAGGAAAAGUAAGAGGGGAUCCAUAAAAUGGAGGUAAAUGUUGUAAAUGAAUUAUAAAUUUUUUGUAGACAAUGUAGUUUAGGCCUAUUAGAUGAAACAUUCACAAGGCCGGACCAAUGUGACGUGAAAUGUUACGCCAGUUAGUUGUUUUUUUUUUGGUUUCUCCGUGAAAAACUGUUAAUUUAGUUACAAAGCAAUUAAAGUUUACAACUUGGUAGUUUUGUUCGGUGACCUCUCCUAAAGACAUGUCAUCUUGAGGACAAUAUUGUCUUUCUAGUUCAGUUAUAGGAAAUAACCUUUGUUUACCAAAAAAAAAUUGAAUUCAAAUGAAUACAAUGUUGACCGUAUAACCCGGAUACCUAAUUUGGAAUUUAAUGACAUUCCCUUCGUGGGUUUAUAAUAUUCACUUUGUGGGUUAAUGGUGUUCCCUUUGCAGAGUUUAAUGAUGUUUCCUUAUUGUGACAUUUGGACUUUGGGAUGAUGAGGAUUGAGAAUUAGAAG